UGCAACCCACUUCACCUCACGCUCAGUCCCAGUACACUCCACAGUCCACACUAGCAAAGCAGUAGCAAGAGUAGCGAGAUGGCUCCCAAGCGCCGCGGCAGCAAGGUGGUCAGCUCCGUCGUCAAGACCAAGGUGGUGGAGGAGACCGUGGAGGUCGCCACCACCAUCCUCCCCGCCUCCCAGGACGACCCGCAGCCGGAGGUCGUCGACGUCUCCCGCUCCCGCGACGUGCACGUCGAGGUCGUCACCACCCCCGACGCCCAGCCCACCGCCGGCGCCAAGAAGCAGCCCGCCUCCAAGAGAGGCGCCGCCAACGCCAAGUCGCCUGCCGGGCCGCUGGUGGUGCCGGUCUCGCCGUCACCCCAGGAGGAGGAGCAGCAGCAGCGCAAGAAAGGUGCUGGCAGCAAGACGCCGGCGUCGCUGCAGAGCCAGGAGACGCAGGAGGAGCCCUACGCGUACCAGGACGAGACCGCCGACGGGAAGAAGCGGCCUGCAGAGGAGGACGACGGCGAGCCGACCAAGCCGGAGGGCCCCGAGACGCCGACGCAGAAGAGGGCGAGGAGCGAGGGCAAGGCCAGGACGCGCAAGGCGGAGGCGGCGGCGAGGAAGAACAUGGGAAAAGGAAGAGGCGGGCGGCGUCGUCGUCGGCUGGGAGGGAACAACAUCGACAUGGGGUACAAGGCGUACGUGUACCGGGUGCUGAAGCAGGUGCACCCGGACCUGGGGGCGUCGGGGAAGACGAUGCAGGCGCUGGACAUGAUGAUGGCGGACAUGUUCGAGCGGCUGGCCACGGAGGCGUCGCGGCUGGCGCAGUACGCCGGGCGCGCCACGCUCACGUCCCGCGACGUGCAGAACGCGGUGCGGCUGGUGCUCCCCGGCGAGCUCGCCAAGCACGCCAUCUCCGAGGGCACCAAGGCCGUCACCAUGUACACGUCCUGAAGUGUACAUGUCAACAAGUGAAGAUCCCUCCGUAAGAAGCAGGGCAGCAGGGUGCAUGCUAGUACUCCUACUAGUAGUUGGUUCAGUUUAGUUGUGUUUCCGAUGGCAUGAUUGCAUGUAUGGUUCAGUCUGGACUUACUUUUGGAAAAGUAGUUUUAAGUUGGUGGCAGAUGAUGUACCUAGUGUAGUUAGUUGGUCAAUUAGUUGCUGUUGAUGUAGUAGUGGCGCUAGCGCUAAUAUAAUGGUGCCUCCCUGCUUAAAUUAGUACUAGCCAGUAGUAUAUUUCUGUUGGUCA